GUGCAUUGAAGCCCUUUUCCAUCUCCUUACCCACUUAUUCUAAGAAGGUUUUUGCCCACCGAUUACUCUCCCUUCCUCAACCAUUACUUUUAUGAACCUCAUCCUCUUCUUCACAACUACCUUUUCUUCUUGCUCUCUUGGAGAAAAGAUGCAUUUUUUUUCACCUUAUGUUUUAAUGCUUUUUUGGGUGCAUUGCUUCACUCCCAUGGUGUUGUCCAUCAAUUUAGUUGAUGAGUUUGCUCUUAUUGCCUUAAAAUCCCAUAUCACAUAUGAUUCCCAGGGCAUUUUGGCAACAAAUUGGUCUACCAAAAGCUCCUACUGCAAUUGGUAUGGUAUUUCUUGUAAUGCUCCUCAACAAAGAGUUUCUGUAAUCAACCUCUCUAGCAUGGGUCUUGAAGGAACUAUUGCACCACAAGUGGGCAACCUCUCCUUUCUUGUUUCCCUUGAUCUUAGUAAUAACUACUUCCAUGACUCUCUUCCCAAGGAUAUUGGUAAGUGCAAGGAGCUUCAACAGCUGAAUUUAUUUAAUAAUAAAUUGGUUGGAGGCAUUCCAGAAGCCAUUUGUAAUUUAUCAAAACUUGAAGAGCUAUAUCUCGGCAAUAAUCAGUUGAUUGGUGAAAUCCCAAAGAAAAUGAAUCAUCUUCAGAAUCUGAAGGUAUUGUCAUUCCCAAUGAACAACUUAACAGGUUCCAUACCAACCACCAUUUUCAACAUAUCUUCUUUGCUCAACAUUAGUCUCUUCGAUAAUAGUCUCUCUGGGAGUCUUCCCAUGGAUAUGUGCUACGCCAAUCCAAAGCUCAGGGAGCUUAAUCUUUCAUCAAAUCAUUUGAGUGGAAAGAUCCCCACUGGUUUAGGCCAGUGUUUAAAGCUUCAAGUAAUUUCCUUAGCAUAUAAUGAUUUCACGGGAAGCAUACCAAGUGGAAUCGGUAACUUGGUGGAGCUUCAGAGAUUGUCUCUACGGAAUAACAGCUUCACAGGAGAAAUCCCCUCCAAUUUGUCGCAUUGCAGAGAGCUCCGAGUGCUAUCAUUAUCUUUCAAUCAGUUCACUGGAGGCAUUCCACAAGCCAUAGGGAGUUUAUCCAACCUUGAAGGAUUAUAUCUUGGUUAUAACAAAUUGACAGGUGGAAUUCCUAGAGAGAUUGGGAAUCUUUCAAAUUUAAAUAUUUUGUGGUUAGGAUCUAAUGAAAUAAGUGGCCCUAUUCCUGCCGAAAUUUUCAAUAUCUCUUCAUUGCAAGGGAUUGGUUUCAGUAAUAAUAGCCUUUCUGGGAGUCUUCCAAGGGAUAUUUGUAAACAUCUUCCUAAUCUCCAAUUCCUAGAUCUUCAUCGGAAUAAUCUCCAAGGGCUCUAUCUUGCUCAGAAUCAUCUCAGUGGUCAACUUCCUACAACUCUAUCCUUAUCUGGAGAGCUCCUGUUCCUGUCACUAUCAAUCAAUAAAUUCAGAGGAAGCAUACCAAGAGAAAUUGGCAACUUAUCAAAGCUUGAAGUGAUCGAUCUACACAGCAAUAGCCUCGUAGGCUCCAUUCCAACUUCAUUUGGUAAUUUGAAGGCCUUAAAAUAUCUUAAUUUGGGGAUGAACAAUCUUACAGGGAUGGUACCAGAAGCUAUUUUUAACAUCUCUGAACUACAGAUCCUUGUGUUGGCGCAAAAUCACCUUUCAGGUAGUCUCCCAUCAAGUAUUGGCACCUGGCUCCCGGAUCUUGAACAGCUUCAUAUAGGAGGCAAUGAAUUCAGUGGAAUAAUUCCAUUUUCUAUUUCAAAUAUGUCCAAACUUACCAAGCUAGGUUUAUCGAGCAACUUCUUCACUGGUAAUGUGCCAAAAGAUCUCGGUAACCUGAGAAAGCUUGAACGUCUCAACCUUGGAGGCAAUCAAUUGACUGAUGAACACGUAGCCUCUGAGGUUGGUUUUCUUACUUCUUUGACAAAUUGCAAAUUUUUGAAAAAAUUGUCGAUAGGAGAUAAUCCUUUGAAAGGUACUCUUCCAAAUUCACUAGGGAAUCUUCCCGCUGCUCUUGAAAAAUUUUUUGCAUCAGCCUGCCAAUUCAGAGGAACCAUUCCCAUAGGAAUUGGUAAUUUGACCAAUUUGAUAGAGCUGGACCUGGGAGCUAAUGACUUGACAGGGUCAAUUCCAACUACAUUGGGACAGCUACAGAAGCUUCAGUGGUUGUACAUUGCUGGAAAUAGAAUACGAGGAUCCAUUCCAAAUGAUCUUUGCCAUUUGAAGAACUUGGGAUACUUGCAUUUGAGUUCUAACAAAUUGUCUGGAUCAAUCCCAAGUUGUUUUGGAGAUCUUCCUACGCUACGAGAACUCUCUCUUGACUCCAAUGUGUUAGCUUUCAACAUUCCUACGUCCUUUUGGAGCCUUAGAGAUUUGUUGGUUCUUAACUUGUCUUCAAAUUUCCUAACUGGCAAUCUACCUCCUGAAGUUGGAAACAUGAAGUCCAUUACAACAUUGGACCUGUCAAAGAACCUAGUUUCAGGUUACAUUCCAAGCAGGAUGGGAAAACUACAAAGUUUGAUUACACUCUCCUUGUCCCAAAACAGACUACAAGGCCCAAUACCUGUAGAAUUUGGUGAUUUGGUAAGCUUGGAAUCAUUGGAUCUGUCCCAGAACAAUUUAUCCGGAACCAUUCCCAAGUCAUUGGAGGCCCUUAUUUAUCUCAAGUAUCUAAAUGUUUCUUUCAAUAAACUACAAGGAGAAAUUCCGAAUGGAGGACCUUUCGUAAAUUUCACUGCUAAAUCGUUCAUUUUCAAUGAAGCCUUAUGUGGAGCACCUCAUUUUCAAGUCAUGGCAUGCGAUAAAAACAACUGCACUCAAUCAUGGAAGACAAAGUCAUUCAUCUUGAAAUAUAUUCUAUUACCAGUCGGAUCAACAGUAACUUUAGUGGUUUUCAUUGUUCUGUGGAUACGUAGACGAGAUAACAUGGAAAUACCAACUCCAAUUGAUUCAUGGCUCCCUGGAACACAUGAAAAGAUUUCACACCAGCAGCUUCUUUAUGCAACAAACGACUUUGGUGAAGACAAUUUGAUUGGGAAAGGAAGCCAGGGCACGGUAUAUAAAGGGGUAUUAUCUAAUGGCUUGACUGUUGCUAUAAAGGUUUUCAAUUUAGAAUUCCAAGGAGCCUUGAGCAGUUUCGAUUCAGAAUGUGAAGUGAUGCAAGGGAUUCGCCACCGAAAUCUUGUUAGGAUAAUUACCUGUUGCUCAAACCUCGAUUUCAAAGCGUUGGUGCUCGAAUAUAUGCCUAAUGGAAGUCUUGAGAAGUGGUUGUAUUCCCACAACUAUUUUUUGGAUCUCAUCCAAAGAUUAAACAUUAUGAUAGAUGUAGCAUCAGCAUUAGAGUACCUUCAUCAUGAUUGUUCGAGCCUUGUGGUGCAUUGCGACUUGAAGCCCAGUAAUGUUUUGUUAGAUGACGAUAUGGUUGCUCAUGUGGCCGAUUUUGGGAUCGCAAAACUCUUGACUGAAACAAAGUCUAUGCAGCAAACAAAGACCUUAGGCACAAUAGGCUAUAUGGCACCAGAGCAUGGCUCAGAUGGGAUAGUAUCCACAAAGAGCGAUGUUUAUAGCUAUGGGAUCUUGUUGAUGGAAGUAUUUGCAAGGAAGAAGCCUAUGGAUGAAAUGUUCACUGGGGAUCUAACCUUGAAGACUUGGGUAGAGUCAUUAUCCAAUUCAAUGAUACAGGUUGUUGAUGCCAAUCUAUUGAAAAGAGAAGAUGAAGACCUUGCCACAAAGCUAAGUUGUUUGUCCUCUAUUAUGGCUUUAGCUUUGGCAUGUACAACCGAUUCACCUGAGGAGAGGAUCGACAUGAAAGAUGCGGUAGUUGAACUCAAGAAGAGCAGAAUCAAACUGUUGAUGUAAGGAUUAUUUCAAAAGAUGGGAUGGAAGCUGUCAAUAGUUCAAAGGAAGCCAAAAGUCGGAAGUUGGAGCUGGUUAAGAGUACACAAAGCAAUAUCCCAGACACUGUUAAGUAUAUGUCAUGGUUCUACAUGUUUAAUUUCUUUGGUAUUUUUCACAUGACAACCAAAUGUGAAAAAAUCAUUUGUCUUAGCAUUUUUUUUCUUUCUUUAAUGCUUUUUGAGAACCAAACAUAAGCUAAGGGAUUUGUGGUGAUAGAUUAUCUUAGCAUAAUUUUCA